AUGGCUACAAGGGUCAUAGUUAUACUGUUUGUAGAAGCAUUUGUGAUUGUAGCUUUAGCAAAAUCAGAAAAGGUCGAUCUGUAUUCUGAAAUUUUACAAAUUCACAAAACGUUGAAAGCGCAAGGAAAUGAAAUCUCUCAUUUAAAAGACACGGUUAAGAAUCAACAAACAGAAAUUGAAAGACUCAAUGCUAUUGUAACAAAUCUGCAGACAGUAAUCACAGAAACUAAUAUUGGAGCUAUCCAAACUGACCAGGACAGCAUGACACAUGACAACGGAAGUAAGCCUGAAAGUGUGCAAGUCUGGGACGAAGGACAUCAUGAUGAAAUUGAGAAGGAAAAACCAAGAGAAAAGAGAGAAGUUACCCGACUAAUAACACAGGCAGAUGUAUUUGUACAACCUUCAACCGUUGCUUUUUAUGCCCAGCUUACAACAAUUGAAACAAAUGUUGGAAUGCAUCAUCCAAUAGUAUUUGAUCACGUGAUUUUAAAUAUUGGUAAAGGAUAUAACAAAUUUACGGGAGCUUUUACUGCCCCUGUAAGCGGAAUAUAUGUUUUCACCUUCACUCUCUAUCCAAAUCGAGAUAGCUCCAUAGCAGUGAAUAUCUUCAAGAACAAUGAAGUAAUUGCUCAGAGUUUUAUAGAGAUGACAUCUGGCAUGAUCAGUGGCACAACCCCAAUAGCUGUCGUUGAUAUGAAUGUUGGAGAUGCUGCAUUUGUUAGAACCAGUUCCAUCCACCAACCACAUGGUGAUGUAUUUAGUGAUGUUAACGUCAAAAGUUCAUUUGCUGGAUGGAAAAUAACUGUCGCAAAUUGA